CCGAGCGCUCGCUGCUCCUCCCGCCUCUGCCUGCACGUCCCCGUUCCGCAGCUUCUCUUCACCCUGAGUUCCGUUCUCCCCAAACCCGGGCGCUUACUCGCCUGUUUGCUGCUGCUGCUGCUGCCACCACCGCCGCUGCCGCCUGAGCCAUGACCAGCUGCUUGCAGUUGCAGAACUGCCGGGCCCUUCGACUGGCCAGGCCGCCUCCGGGAGCCAAUCCCCGCCCCCGCCCCCGCUGCCCUCUCCCGCCUCUGCCUGCCGCGGGGCCCCUGCCGGGGCCCGGCCCCCACCCGCUUCGAGGCUAUAGCGGGGGUCCGGCCGGGCUUUCCCAGGCCUUGUUACGCACCGACGCCUUUGUGGGGGGCCGCUGGCUGCCCGCCGCUGCAGGCACCUUCCCAGUGCAGGACCCCGCCAGCGGCGCCCAGAUAGGGCGGGUGGCGGACUGCGGGGCGGCCGAGGCCAGGGGGGCCGUGAGCGCCGCCCACCAGGCGUUCUCCAGCUGGAGGGGGGUCUCUGCCAAGGAAAGGAGUUCAUUACUUCGCAAAUGGUAUGAUCUGAUGAUAAAGAACAAAGAUGACCUUGCCAAGAUAAUCACAGCUGAAAAUGGAAAGCCUAUAAAGGAGGCCCACGGAGAAGUUCUUUAUUCUGCCCUUUUCUUGGAAUGGUUUUCUGAGGAAGCACGACGUAUUUAUGGAGAUGUCAUUUAUACCCCUGCACAGGACAGACGGGGCCUGGUCCUGAAGCAGCCUGUUGGGGUGGCUGCCAUUAUCACUCCAUGGAAUUUUCCCAGUGCUAUGAUUACCCGAAAGGUAGGGGCAGCUUUGGCAGCUGGUUGCACAGUGGUGGUAAAACCUGCAGAAGAUACACCUCUUUCUGCCCUGGCCCUUGGUGAGGUAAAAAAAGGGUAUUUAAAAGUUCUCCAACCAAUGUUACUUGCCAACCAAGCAGGAAUUCCCCCAGGUGUCUAUAAUGUGGUUCCCUGCUCUCGUCAGAAGACCAAAGAGGUUGGGGAAGCUCUUUGCACUGAUCCAUUGGUAUCCAAAAUUUCUUUUACUGGUUCAACAGCGACAGGAAAGAUUCUGUUGCACUAUGCUGCUGACUCUGUGAAGAGAGUCUCCAUGGAGCUGGGGGGACAUGCCCCAUUUAUCGUGUUUGACAGUGCCAAUGUGGACCAGGCAGUGGCAGGGGCCCUGGCUUCCAAAUACAGAAAUUCCGGGCAGACUUGUGUUUGCUCAAAUCGUUUCUUGGUGCAAAAGGGGAUCCAUGAUUCCUUCGUGAAGAAAUUUGCUGAAGCCAUUGAGAGAGAGCUGCACGUAGGUCAUGGAUUUGAAGAAAGAACCACCCAAGGUCCAUUGAUUAAUGAAAAAGCAGUGGAAAAAGUAGAGAAACAUGUGUCUGAUGCAGUUUCCAAAGGAGCCACCAUCGUGACAGGAGGGAAGAGGCAUAGCUUUGGGAAAAACUUUUUUGAGCCAACCCUACUUAGCAACGUCACUACAGACAUGCUGUGUUCUCAGGAAGAGACUUUUGGCCCCCUGGCACCAGUUAUUAAGUUUGAUACUGAGGAAGAGGCCCUUGCUAUUGCCAAUUCGGCGGAUGUGGGUUUAGCAGGUUAUUUUUACUCUCAAAAUCCAGCCCAGAUCUGGAGGGUUGCUGAGCAGCUGGAGGUUGGCAUGGUUGGAGUAAACGAGGGACUGUUGUCCACAGUAGAGUGCCCUUUUGGUGGGGUGAAGCAAUCUGGUCUUGGACGAGAAGGUUCAAAGUAUGGUAUCGAUGAAUAUCUAGAACUGAAGUAUGUGUGCUAUGGUGGUUUAUAGAAGUCGCCUGGUGUUCUGUAGCUAAAGGUGGAAAAUCCCUCUAUAGAUGUAGAGAAAUACCAUCUAAUAUAUUUUUAAUAAACUCUCA